UCUUCCUCUUCUUUCUCCACAAGGUGUGAUUUUGAUUGGUUUUUGCAGCUUCAGGAACUGGGGGUAUGAUUAGGAUUUUGUUUCUUGUAAUUAUCUCACUGGAGCUGCAAAUCUCUGUUUCUUGAUGAUUAACAAAGGUCUCUGGUUGUGAUGGAGUUCUAUCAUUGAAUUGUGAGCUGGGUUUGCUGCAAGAUCGAUCUGUACCUCAUAAAGGCCAUGCUUUUUGAUGAGUUUUCCUGCUGUUCUUGAGUUUUCAAGGCCUCUUCUCAAGAUAUAUAAGUGGGUGUUUCUGAUAAUGUCUUUGAAUUGCAAGAUUUCUGGGUUAAAUGGUAGGUUUUUGACCAGUUCAAAGAUGAGGAAGGCUAAAGAACCUUUGAGAGUAUCUAAUGGUGGCUGGAAAAGAAAAAGAUUGCUCCUUUUCACCUGGGUUUUCCUCUUUGUCACUGGGUUUGGUUUAUUUUUGUUUAGUGGUGUUUUAAGGAAGAAGAUGGAGAUAAAGGAGACAUGUGAAGAUAAAUCUUUGGUCUUGGUUGAACAACUUAAUGUCAGCAAAGACCUUCUUCAUGAGCUGGCCUCCUCAUUCUUUGAAUCAAAUCAGAUAACUACCUUGAAAUGUACCAAACAAUCGCGUUAUGAAACAUCCACAAAACAUGAAAUCACCUGUGCUCUCAAAGUGCCAAAUCUUGAGAACCAUGGGGUCGAUGAGCACGAUAGUUAUCCUGCAGAAAAUGUGGAAUUGUGGGGUCAAUGUUCUGUUCAAGAUGACAACACUCCUGUAGUACAUAACUGGACAACUUGCAAGAAAGCAUUACAAACAAUGAUUCUUAGAAAACUUGCGAUUCUGAAGGUAUGCCUGUUGGCCCUUUUCGUAAUUGCAGUUUGUUGCCAGAUUCGUUGUUUGUGGAAGAAUCGUGAAGGCAAUAUGCAGAAGAAAGAGCAACCCUCAAAGAGUGCUGGGAAAUGGAUGAAGAAACUUUUAGUUUUGUUUAUGUUAGCUGGAGUUAUUGCAUCAAUGUGGUUAUUUUGGUACUUAAAUGAAGGUAUUCACUUUAGAAGAAAAGAAACUCUAGCGAAUAUGUGCGAUGAACGGGCACGAAUGUUGCAGGAUCAAUUCAAUGUGAGCAUGAACCAUGUUCAUGCGCUUGCUAUUCUUGUUUCCACUUUCUAUCAUGGGAAAGAACCUCCUGCUAUUGAUCAAAAAACUUUUGGGGAAUAUACAGAAAGAACAUCUUUUGAGAGGCCAUUAACUAGUGGUGUUGCCUAUGCUUUAAGAGUCCGCCAUACUGAUAGGGAGAAAUUUGAGAAAGAACAUGGAUGGACUAUAAAGAAGAUGGAAACCGAAGAUCAGACUUUAGCACAGGAUUGUGACCCCGAGAAUCUGGACCCUUCGCCUAUUCAAGAUGAAUAUGCUCCUGUUAUCUUAUCUCAAGAAACUGUUUCGCAUAUCGUCUCCAUUGAUAUGAUGUCUGGAAAGGAAGACCGUGAAAACAUUUUGCGAGCAAGGGCAUCUGGAAAGGGGGUCUUGACAUCUCCUUUUAAGCUACUAAAGUCGAACCACUUAGGAGUAGUACUUACCUUUGCGGUCUAUAAUGCUCAUUUUCAUCAGGAUGCUACACCAGAAAAGCGAAUUAAUGCCACUGUGGGGUACCUUGGUGCAUCUUAUGACGUCCCAUCGCUGGUUGAGAAGCUUCUGCACCAGUUAGCAAGCAAACAGACGAUUGUAGUGAAUGUUUACGACACAACAAAUGUUUCUGCAGCCAUUAACAUGUACGGUCCUAAUGAGACUGACACGGGCCUACUUCACAUCAGCAGCCUUGACUUCGGUGAUCCUGCUAGGAAGCAUGAAAUGCGUUGCAGGUUUAAGCAGAGGUCUCCGACACCAUGGACAGCAAUAGUAGCUUCAGGUGGGGUGCUUAUAAUCACUUUUCUUCUUGGCCAUAUCUUCUACGCAGCUAUCAGCCGGAUUGCAACGGUAGAGCGUGAUUGUCGUGAGAUGAUGGAGCUCAAACAUCGUGCUGAAGCUGCAGAUGUAGCAAAAUCACAGUUUCUGGCAACAGUUUCACAUGAAAUCAGGACCCCGAUGAACGGUGUUUUAGGCAUGCUGCAGAUGCUGAUGGACACAACUCUAGACGCGAAACAAUUGGAUUUUGCGCAGACUGCCCAUGCUAGCGGAAAAGAUUUGAUAAGGUUGAUUAAUGAGGUACUGGAUCAGGCGAAAAUUGAAUCUGAAAGGCUCGAGCUUGAGGCUGUCCCAUUUGAUCUGCGCACCAUUCUUGAUAACGUUUUAUCGCUAUUUUCAACCAAAUCUCAAGAGAAAGGGAUCGAGUUGGCAGUUUAUGUAUCUAAUCAACUUCCUGAGGCUGUUGUUGGAGAUCCCGGGCGUUUCAUGCAAAUAAUCAUGAAUCUGGUUGCAAAUUCACUUAAAUUUACACAUGAUAGAGGACACAUAUUUGUGUCUGUGCAUCUAGCAGAUGAAGUGACACGUGAUUCCGAUAUGAAGGAUGACGUGCUAAGAAAAAUCUUGGCUUCUGGGUCAAAUUCAAACAUAGUGUGUAAUACUUUGAGCGGGAUUCCUGUGGUCGAUAGGAAGAAAAGUUGGGAAAACUUUGGUGGCAAAGAUUCGAUGAAUGAACAUGAAAAGAUCAAGAUUUUAGUGACUGUUGAAGAUACUGGUGUGGGAAUCCCGAUAAAUGCACAGAGCCGGAUAUUCAAGCCGUUUAUGCAGGCUGACAGUUCGACAUCAAGAACUUAUGGUGGAACUGGGAUUGGUUUGAGCAUUAGUAAGCGAUUGGUAGGACUUAUGAAAGGUGAGAUUGGUUUCGUUAGUGAGCCUGGUACUGGAAGUACUUUCUCGUUUACAGCCGUUUUCAUGAAAAAAGAAACAUGCUCUCUUGAUACCAUAUUGCAGCCGUAUCAUCCAGCCAUAUCAGAGUUCCGGGGACAAAAAGCGUUGGUGAUUGAUUGGAAAAUCAUAAGAGCUGAAGUCACAAAAUACCAUCUUCAAAGAAUGGGAAUAUCGGUCGAGAUUACAUCUAGUUUCUCUUACCUAUCUGCAAGUGAUUCAGCUGGUUUUGCAAUGAUUCUUCUUGAUGAAGAAGAUUGGGAUAAGGAGAUUGGUCUUGCUUUUCUUCGUAACCUUAAGGAGCUAAGACCAACUAGUAGCCCAAAACUAUUUCUCUUGGCUCACUCCAUGAGCCCAACUAUACACGAUGAACUCAAAUCGGCUAACUUGGUGGCUAACGUUGUGGCAAAGCCUCUAACGUUAAGUGUCUUGAUCUCUUCCUUCCAAGAAACUCUUACGGUUAGAAACAAGAGCCUCGUAGCAAGAAGAAAACCAUCGACUCUUGGGACUCUACUACGUGAUAAGAGGAUCUUGGUGGUUGAUGAUAAUGUGGUCAAUAGACGAGUGGCGGAUGGUGCUUUGAAGAAGUAUGGAGCUAUUGUCACUUGUGUCGAUAGUGGGAAGGCUGCGUUAGAGAGGCUUAAACCACCUCACCAUUUUCAUGCUUGUUUCAUGGAUCUCCAAAUGCCCGAAAUGGAUGGGUUUGAAGCUACACGACAAAUCCGCAGGCUAGAGAGCAAGGUUAACGAAAAAAUCGAAUCUGGUGAAGCAUCAAUCAAAAUGUUUGCAAAUGUGGGUCAUUGGCAUACGCCUAUUUUAGCAAUGACUGCAGAUGUCACUCAGGCUACAAAUGAAGGAUGCAUGCAGUGUGGAAUGGAUGGCUAUGUCUCCAAACCAUUUGAGGAAGAGCAGUUGUAUUCGGCUGCAGCUUGCUUUUUUGAGUCCGGUUGAUGGUCCCAUGGCUCAGCAUGAUGGGUUGCACCACCUGACCUAGUUAACCCAUGGGUCUGGUUACAUGGCUAGUGGUUCACUUGGAACUAGCAGCAUAACCAUUGAUGCAGGAUCAGGUGGAACUGCUCUACCCACCCGAAGCACAUAUGGUCCAUGGUCCAGCAUGGUGGGUGCACCAGGUGACCUGGUUGACCAAUGGUCUUAACAGUUUGAUUCGAUGGCUUGUUGGUUCUCUUCAGACCAUCCGCGAUGCCAUUGAUGCAGGGUCAUGCACAUCGCUGUUCUUGCCAUGCGACGAUGGGCAUGGAAUCUGCAUACGAGCCCUCGUUUACUGCAUCACCGUGGCUAAAGAAUUCGUUACGAUGGCCUAAUCUUGAUAGGGUGCACGAUUCAGAAAUCUACACAAUAACACGACAUAAGUUUUUGUUUGAAGAUUCGGAAACGUCACCUUAUAGCGAGUAAUGUAAAGAUGAGAACUUUCCAAUCCUGUUUCUUGGAUGCAUAUACAUGGUAAUUCACAUAUGAAUGUGAGAACUUCCCAAUGCCCUUCCUUGGAUGCGUGCGUAUAUGGUAAUGCACCUAUGAAUGUACAAAAACUGAUAUCUCUUGUUUAAUACAAGUUUAUAAAAUCUGUAU